CCUAAACAGACUUCCACCCACUCACCAUCUGUAGCCUCCCUUCCGCCCCCCGCCCUACCGGCUCGGCUCCCCCUCCCCAAGAAGCGGACCCGCACCGUGGGAGGCAGGAACCUCCGCCAGACGCUCGCGUUGUGCGCGCCGUACUGACCUCUGUCCGCCCGGGAAACUAACAAAGGCGGCGAGCCGAGUGCAGACCCGAGCGAGGAAAGCGGCGUCCGCGGGGAGGGCGAGCCUGGGCCGGGCCGGCGAGCCCCGGGUGGGGGCUGCUCUGGAGUCGGCGGCGCCGGAAGACGCGGAUCUCUGGCCGCGCGCGCCGCUUGGUCGCCGCGGGCAACAUGGGCUGCUGCACCGGGCGCUGCUCACUCAUCUGCCUCUGCGCGUUGCAGCUGCUUUCGGCAUUGGAGAGGCAGAUCUUUGACUUCCUUGGUUUCCAGUGGGCACCUAUUCUUGGAAAUUUUCUACAUAUAAUAGUGGUCAUACUGGGUUUGUUUGGGACAAUUCAGUACAGACCCCGAUACAUCGUGGUGUACACAGUAUGGACUGCCCUCUGGGUCACCUGGAAUGUGUUCAUUAUCUGCUUUUAUUUGGAAGUAGGUGGGCUCUCUAAGGACACAGAUCUGAUGACAUUCAACAUCUCUGUGCACCGGUCAUGGUGGCGGGAACACGGGCCUGGCUGCGUUCGCAGAGUGCUGCCCCCGUCCGCCCACGGCGCGAUGGACGAUUACACGUAUGUCUCUGUCACAGGCUGCAUCGUCGACUUCCAGUACCUGGAGGUCAUCCACAGUGCCAUCCAGAUACUGCUGUCCUUGGUUGGUUUUGUGUAUGCCUGUUAUGUGAUCAGUAUUUUCAUGGAAGAGGAGGACACCUUUGAUUUCAUAGGCGGACUUGACGCGCACUCCUACUACCAGGAUCAUGUUGAGUUAAAGCCAGUUAACCUGUCGAAAUAAGUAAUGACACUGACUCUGAAAUGCGGCUGCUGAACUUGACUUAGGAAGCAAAGCACCGUUGACAGCUCCUCUCAGCAUCAUGUCUCACUUUCUCCCAGAGGAUGGACUGCGCUUCCCUGCUUUCCCACCGAUCACGGAGUUCUUCGGUCACGGCCUAUGUAUUAUUAGCAUUGUGCACUAGAUGAGUUGUAGGUGCUUGGGUGGGUAUUUUUUUAGUCUUUUUUUCUUAUAUGAAUACUUGUAAAUUGUAAAAAAAAUGGUUUUUAAUUUUUUAACAGUAUUUAACAUGAGGCAUGCAAAAUGAAAAAAAAUGCUGUGAAAACCUACAGAGAAUUCUGUGAGAAAUGCCGGUUUGUGUUGUGGAGGUGUUAAGUCAGGGCUGGUGACAGCCGCGGUUGUCCUAGGCCUGAUGGACUUGGCAUUAGCAGACGCUACUCGGGGUUGGCAGACAGGAAGUGAGAUGCCGUCGCAGAUGAAAAUGGGUACAAAUAGUGAAUCCAGCUUUCAGACUGAAUGUAGAUCCUAUUUUUCAACACCACAAGACAAGCAUGAAGUUCCCCUUUGUUCUAGACUUCCCCAAACCCAGAAUAAUAUUAUGGCAAUCGAAAAUUUCAGAUUUUUGCAUGAUACCCUGUUCUUCCUGUGUUCUAAAAAUAUUUGUUAUGGGUGUGUGGAAGAGUGAAAUGAUAGUUAAACACCUUUCCCCCUUUGGAGGGAAUAUGAGUAUCUCUGAGGAUCACAUUUUCCACUUUUUAUCCCAGUCCUGACACUGGCGCAGGCCCCACACUGACAGCCUGUGGGCAUUCGGGACAGAAAUCACAACCGUAACUCUGUAAUCAGCCAUGAUGCUCUGCAGAUGGUCAAAAGGAACAUUAAAAUGGUGUGGAAUUAUCUACAAAUACCUCUCAAGGAAAUACUUAUAUUUGUUCUGCACCAGCUUUUCUUUCUCCUACCCCAUCCCCCAAACCGAGAAAUUAGUUAUUAGAAACAUAAUUUCCCAUGAGGGAAAAUAUAUGUUGAAAGUACACCCCAGUUUUUUCCUAUCCAUGUCUUUCAACUACUGUUUUCCAUGCCCAAAUAAGUUUUGCUCCCUUUGUGUGAACACUAAGACGAGGCCUCCUGUAGGCCCCGGAAGGGGUAUAUGUGCACUAUUUAAUCCGGAAGUUGUUAACCUGGCCUAUAUAUUUCUAAGACAGUCUAUACGCCAUCUAAAACUGUAUGCAAAUUUUUGUGUAUGUAGAGUUUUCUUUUUUCUUCUUUUUUGUGGAGUCCAUAUAUUUCAUGAGACUCCGUAAGAAUCAGAACUUAUGGAACAAAUUCUUUCCUGGUCCCUCCAAGUUCAUGACAACCACGGUGGGCUUUGGGGAGGCCUCUGGACAGUGGCCCUGCAGUCCACUGACUCCCAUUGAAUCCCUCCACUUUUCAUGCUACUGGAUAGCCUCCAAUCCGAAGUGAAGAGGAGCUAGCAGGGCCCUGAGAGAUGGUCCAAUCUAGGUCGUCGCUGUGCAGUGGAGGAAGCUGAAGCCUAGGGAACUUUGGGGGCUUGUCCAGGGUUCUGCACGUCUGCAGAGGAGCAAGAGCUAUGGCCAAAGGAAAGAGAACUUGGAAGACACACAGUGGGGUUUGGGUCCCAGGUCCACCGCUGUGGGCUUGGGCAGCGUGGGACACCUCAGCCCUGGAGCUUUCCUCAUCUGUAAAGUGACACUAUAAUGCCUACCUCCCAAGGUUGAGGUGACUGUUAGAUGAGAAUGUACGAAAUACCCUGUAAACUGUGAAGUGAUCACAACCGGAAGAGGCAGUCAUUAUCAUAAUGCCGUAAUGGUAGGCUGGACCCUGUCUGGAGUCUUGCUACAUGCCCAAGUGCUGUGCAAAGCCCAUGGAAAUGCCAAACUCUUCCAGGUCUUCUACAAAGUUGCUUGAAAAAUUUGCCCAUGUCUGAGCGAUUAGAAAUAGUAAAGAGUACAAAUUGCACUUCUUAAUUAAAAAAUAACUUGGAUAUUCAAAUUCCAAGAUUAAUACAUAUUAUUAUUGUGGAGAAAGCUAAUAGAACAUCAAAAACAUAGAAAAAUCAGUCAGAAGAAUAAAAUUAAUACUUAAAUAUCCUACGCUGUUAUUUUAUUAUGCCCUCCACCCACAAACAAGACCUAGUUCUCAUUUCACGAACUAGUGCCAUACAAAUGUUGUUGCUGUUCUGUCUUCCUGUAAACUUGCACAUUCCUCUAAGAUGCACCGGGGAGUCAUAGAGCCUGUCUAAGUGCAGGCAGGAGACUGGAAAAGGAAUCCUUCCAUUUGUGAGUUUUCUAUGGAAAUUCAACACAGGCAGUGCUUAAGAUGGUGUGUGUAUUUUGGUCUUUAAUACUUAAUAUAACUUGAAUAAUUAAGUUAUAACUGUUUCGAUCCCCAAUUUCAGGAAUCCAUAAUGGUAAUUCUGAACUUCCAAAUCAUUUGCCACUCAUCAGAAACAAGUUAGGUAGACCUCCCUCCCCCUCUCUGGUCCUCUUUUCUCCCCAACACCUCUCCUCAUCCAGGCUACUCCUUAGAGGUCCUGCUUACUUAAGACAAAAGAAUGAAAAGAAUGUAGCAUUGUACAGUCACACACCGCAGGUCCCCCCUGGGUCUGGGGGAUUCUGACCCAGUA